AUGAUUGCAAACUCUAAACGGGAAAGGCCGGACCACAAGGUAUGUUCCUGCUCCUCUUUAUAGCAAGUCAAUCCUAACAUAAUCUCCUCCUUUCUCCCAAAGCUUAUUAAUUUAGUAGUAUUUUCCCCUAUUUCCGGUUCUCCGACAGUUCAGUUUACUUGAAGAGUCGAAUUUAAUAUGCCAAAAUAGGAACACUCCUUGUACUUCUCCUCCUCCCACACAGAUUUUCCUGAUGAUACUCGGGCAGAAUUUUGCUCGUCAGGGCGGCUCAGUAGGGAACUGCACUGUCUUACAUGGCAGGCAGAAAUUUACAUAGGUUGCCUGUUGAUGUCUCUUUUACGCAGUGCCAGAAACGUUUUCGCAACUCUGAAUAAAAAGCAAAGAUUCCAACAAAGAUUAACCCUGAUGAGCGGGAAUGUGCAACGAUGAUUUUAUAGGCGUAAGUGGAUACCAGCUAUCAUCAUCCAGAAGAUCACCACAAGUCUGAAUAAAACGCCGCCAUCGGAGGUGUUAUAGUACAAAAAGCGAAAACCGUUUUCCGGGCUUAAAAUUUCUUGCUCCCUUUAUCAAAAACUUUGUCAGCAUACAUUAAUACAAGAUAGACAUAUCCUUUUUGAUAUAAAAUGAAUUGUAUGGUGGAACUACUUCCCAGAAUACGUUUGUUUUGGCAAUACCAAAAGAGACUUUUGAAAUCUUGAAUACUUAUAUCAUGAGGGAAAAGUACUCAUAAGUCAACUAACUAUAAACCAUUCUUUGCUGAGAAUUAAUUUAUUAGAGAAAUGGGAUCAUCAACAGAGCCCUCCAACCUCUAGGUAGAACUCAGUUGCUUAAGGCGCCAAAUGCCUGAGCAUUCUGCUUUAAAAGUGACUUCAGGAUGACCUACAUGCCCUUAUGUCAAAUUACAAAGAACUGGAGACUCGAAAAGAGAAGGUCUUAACAAGUAAACUUACCAACGUCGUGAAAAUAUUUCCCUUAUAAAAUGAGAAACAGUAUAUUUUGCCUAGUGAGAAAGACAGCAGUCCCAGACUGUUGUAUUAACUUUGUAUAUUUGGGGAGGGGAGACAAACAUCGCCUCAGAAGCUUUUUAUGCCCAUGUGCACGACAAAAACUUAAGGGUCUGGAUAUCAAAAGAUUUGGCCACGUGGGAAAGAAUAAUGUGUUGUAACAAAAGUAGUUCCUCCAUAAAAGGAUUGGCCUUGAGUGCUUUUUUCUAAGAUAGCUGUCUGCUCUGGCUUCAGUUAGUGUUCAUUCAUUUUUUUCCAAUAGUAGUGGUAGUUUUUUGCUACACCUUUUACCAUUGUGAUCAGCUCGUUAUGUAUACGCCAUCGCCGUGCACUAAUCUUAUAUUUAGUACCUUAAAAACCAUACUGAUCAAUAAUAGGAAACAGCGUUUUUGGAAAAAAAGGAGAAGCUGUUUGGUUUUGGUAUUAAAAGCCACAUACCUGCAACAUUCUUGGAAGGCGGUUUCGGAUGUGUCCCAUUAGUUAGCCCAGUAAAUAGACGUUAAUAUAUCGCAAUAGCAUGCAUAAAUAUAACAUAGUUUAUUCCAGUUAGUAGCUGCUUAUGCAGAAGACUGGGCCUUUUUUAACCUUUCCGCCCAAUAUACUUCCUCGUCCACUGUCGGAAUAAAAUUGAAGAUCCUUCCUAACCUAAAAUACGAUUUAAAUAAAACACUUCUGUCUUACCUAGGCAUGCUCAGAUGUCGCCACCGAUGCCUGCUUAUCACACUCUCUGCUGUGUCUAUCGCCUGUUUUCUCUUAUUGUCAAUUUGCACUGGAUUAUACCUCGGCUUCAAUGGACUCAAAAGAACUUUUAUUGAGCAGGUACGUGAAAGAAACCGUGUAUUUCCUCUUGUUUUUAAUUUGGAUUGCGCAUCGCAGUGUAUGUCCCGUUUGUCUUCUCGUGGAGCCAUUGGCCCACGAUUUUCCGUAUGGCACGUUAUGUUGCAUAAAUGACUUAGGCUUCAAAUCGUCCGUACUUGAAUUGAUUUCUGGUCGGGAAACCCAUAUUGCCUCUUUUUUACAAAACUCAACAUAUGCGUUUUAAAUGGCUGCAGAAGGCGGCGUUUGAUUAAACAAAAGCUGGGACGACGUAGUGAACUUAAAAAAGAUUAAUAUAAAGUGAUCAUACUUGGACCAAGUUAUUUCAAGAAGACACUCAGGUGUAAAGUGGUCGUUGGCAGGCAAACACAAAACCUUGCUUAUUGCAUUUGGCAAAAGAAACCCAUCACUAAAAUUAUAUCGGAUAAUUCCUAACUACCUACGAGGUAUCAUUGAUGAACGAGUAUACUCAAAACAUGGGCCACAAAGAGCUGUUAACUCAGCUCACUAUUUGUUUCCGCCUUUAUGAGAACUCUGACAGAAAGAACAACGAUUACUCAAAGAAACAUAAGGGGGUUUAAUGCAGUUUGACAUAAAGUUUUUGUAAAUUUCAAAGUGGUAAAAAUCACUCUGUUCCCCAGCAUGGGAUAAAGUAACCUCCAGUUUUUUGGAUUCCAUGGCAGACUUGAAUAGGUUUUUUGAAUAAAAUGCGCUGGAUCACACAUCGUUCUACCGAGACUGAAAAAGAUAGCUAUGAUGGAAAACUUAUUAAAUUGGUAUCUUUGUGUCUGAUACUUAUACAGACGGUUACCAUAUGAUAUCAGAUCAGGCGGACCAACGCGGACUUAGCCAAUGAAAGACAGUUAAACAAUGUUACGUGAGGAUUAGUAACCUAAAAGUACAGUAGGUGGUCCAACUCAAGAAAUUUCAACGAAAAUUCCGAAAUGCGUUUUCGUUUCGGAAAGAUCAAUUAAGCAGGGUUGUAAAACUAAUCACUAUGCAGCAUAAUUCUAUAAUACUUCAGUUACCUCAGGAUGCCCGCUUUCGAAAGAACAUCUUUUCGGCCGUAUGCAAAAGCCAUACUCUGUAAAAAAUGGCAACUUAUGUAGUAUGCAUUUUUCUCAUUGAUUUUCGAUGCCCUUAAAAAUUCAAUUAUAUUUCAUGUAAAACAUGAAUAAAAAUAUUCAUUCUGUUGCAUACUCGGUAGAACAGGACGUCUUCUUCCAAUUUUAUACUCGAAGGAAGACUAUAAUUCAGUUUUUAAAAACUUUUCCAAAUGCCGAAUAAUUUUAAACCCGACCUGCCGUUAAACUUGCAUUCAGGGUCUCCAAACUACGAGCUAUUUAUUUUCUGCGUACGGAAAACCAUACAUUUCUCUAUGGUAUCAGGAGGAGAUCAUAAGGGUUUCAAAAAAUUUGGCAGUGAAUUUGAGCUAUAUUGUUGAUUUUACAAGCCACAUUAGAAAAUGCAGAGUCAUUGCGUUUUAUGCACGGCCAUUUCCCGAUAUUAAAAAAUCUCACAAUUAGAAACUUCUUUAAAACCAAAUUAUACCCUUCCUUAGAAUAUAAAAUUGGAAUGAGACGUCGUUUCCUACCGAAUAUGUAAAAGAAUGAAUAUUUUUAUUCAUGUUUAACAUGAAAUAUAAUUGAAUGUUUAAGGGCAUCGAAAAUCAGUGAGAAAAAUGCUUACUAAUUAAGUGGCCAUUGUUUACAAAGUAUGGUUUUCGCAUGCGGCCGGAAAGAUGUUCUUUUGAAAGCGGGCAGCCUGAGGUAACUGAAGUAGUAUAGAAUUAUGCUGCGUGGGGAUUGGUUUUACAACCCUACUUACUUAAUUUUUUCAAAACGAAAACGUAUUUCGGAAUUUCGUUUGACAUUUCACGAGUUAGCUCACCUACUGUAUGCCGGGAAAUACUUGUUUCUCCCAAAUUACAUGGGAAAUUUUUAAUCGGCACACAAAACUCACGAGAUAGAAGACAGUAAAAUUCCUGAUACUCUAAACGGAAGACAAGAAGCGGAAAUGCUUCUAGCUGUCCGUGGAUAAUUACACAAUGUGGAAAAUCAAAGUAGGAAGAACUAGUUCCAAUCAAAAAGGAUCAGCUGGGCUGAAAUAUUUGAUGAGCAAACGCCCGAUGGUAAAAGGCAAAGUAAGACAAUGCAUGAUUUUUCUAAUGUCUUUACAUCGUCAACUGAAAACCUUUCUAUGCUUGUUCAACAACUUUUAGAUUUGGAACCACGGCUUACAUACGAAUGUGCAGUUUGGGGCUCCAUUGGAUAAAGUUACCCUGUUUGAGGUUUUAAUCCGAUGAAUUUCUGAAUGACCGUCGGACUAAAUUCACAUGGCGUUUUCUCAAAGAUUACUGGAAAUCAUGAUUGGCUAUACCAAAAAGAUGUCAUUUAUGUAUCAGUUCGUUGAUACUUUUACAGACGCCUAACAUACGGUAUCAGAUCAGUUGAACCAACUCAGACUUAGGCAAUUAAAGACAGUCACAUUAGUAGAAAUAACCUAAAAGUAUGCCAAGAAAUACUUGGGCGGUAAGUCAAUUUGUCGAAUAAUGACCGUAUUCAGCUGUUUAGCAAUCGCAGGAAUAAAAUAUGUUUUCUUUCACUCGUUGAUAGAGAAUUACGUCGUCUUCAUAUUUUACUCUCGAAGAAAGCGUAUUAUUAGGUUUUAAAAAGUUUAUAAUUAUGGGAUUUUUCAAGACCGUGUAAUGUCCAUUCAUACAGGAUUGUACUUCUUCGUCUACCACUGCUCCUAAUGAAAUGUACGAGAUAAUCCGCAUCCAUUGCGGAAUUUUAUGGACUCUAUCUGGAGUCUUUUUAGAGGCAUAAAAAAUAUAUGAUUUUCAUUUCGCGGAACGCAUGCAUCUUGCAGACUGAAAUCACUAGGCGCUAAUGCAACGGCUAAUCCGGUUUCAAAUUAUUUGAGGAUUAGAAAGGUUUUUUAAAAACUAUUUAUACGCCUUUUGCGAGUAUAAAACAUGAAGAAGGCGUAAUUCUCUAUCAAAUGAGUAAAAGAAAGCAUAUUUUAUUCAUGUUUUAUAUAAAAUAGAUUCAAAUUUAUAAGCCCAUCGAAGAUCAAUAUCAACAAUGCAUGCUACAUACGUAGCCAUCUGUUACCGAGUACGGUUUCCGCAGGAGAUUGAGAAGAAGUGUAGUCAAAAGCAGACAUCCUGCAUAGUCCGGAAUAUUAUAGGACUAUGCCGCGGGAUAAUAUGUAUUAGAACCCCACCUAAGCAAUCCUUCCUAAUCGGAAACGCAUUUCAGAAUUUUGGUUAACAUUUCAUGAGGUCGGUCACUCACUGUACAUACGACUACUCUCAUUGGCAAACUUUACUGGUUCUACACGGUCAGCUUUAGUUCUGCAGCAGUACAGAUGUCCAAGAUAUCUGGAUAACGACGGCACUCAAAGUGUUUGCUCGGUAUCCAGUACCUGCUGUUUUAUGAACGCUGAAAACAGCUUUCUGAAAUGGACGAAAUGCAUCUUCGCCCCCGAUUUUGAACAAGCGACCUUAAAGACACCUAAUUAUAGCUUUCGAAUAUUAACACAAAAACGACCUAUUUAAUAGGAAAACGGCUGGUUCCGUUCUGUUCGCUGCCCUCUCCAACCAACAGCAUCACAAACUAGCAGCUGCAGUUAGACAUCAAACCGACAUACACUGCCGACUGGUGAGAAACAUGCAAUUGUCCACCGAGGUUGUUGUUAGAGGCAGCAGUUUGAAAGAUCAGAGUUCUUGUACCUCCAAAAACCUCAACGUUUGAUAUUUGAGGUCUGGUAACCGCCUUGGCAUAGGCUCCGCCAUGGAAAGAAAGCAGUCGGCCAGACAGUUGUAAGAUUUAGUGACUGUGCUCGUCUAUACCCACUUGUUACUUACAUCAUCCUGAUCCGAUUUCGACAUAAAAUAAACUGUCUAGCUAUGAGAAAUGAGUUUGCGUGCUUUUAUUAGCUUAUUACGAACGUCAAUGUGCAAAAAACUCGAUAUGUCAUCGCAGAUUAUUCACAGUGGUUUUUAUUAUCUGGCAUCAUCUCUUUUAUAUUCCUCCGUCAUAGCACUUUCGUCCCUUGGGAUUUAAGGUUCUCCUGAGGUAUAAAGAAAGCAAAAUCUUAACUUAUGUCAGACCAACUAUUGUUUCAACAAUUGAUUUUUUGAACAAUGCAACUUUCGGAAAACUUUCCCCUCUUGCAGAGCAUUGUACUCAAACCGGACUCGUUGUCGACGAACUUUUUGA